AUGUAGAAUUAAAAUAAUUACGCACAAUUGGUACUUGAGAUCCCGAAUUGUGCUUUAUAUAAUAUUGAAGAGUCAUCUGCUACUUUAAUGUUAGAAGCUUACUUAGGAAUUUAUGAAAUAAAGACAAUGAACACAUAUUUUUUUAAAAUGAAAAACUGGGAGUAUAACUUCCAAAAAUAAAUCCCUGUUUUAAAAAAACAAAUUGGUCAGCAGAUGAUUUAUGUAAUUCCAAAUAUGACUGGAAAUUAUGUAUUAGUGCUGCCUUCUAAUGCAUAAGAGGAAACUAUUUCAGUCUUAGAAAGUUUUUUGGAGAAUAACUCUGAUUUUGCAGUAAGCAUUGAUUAGAAAUAAGAAGUGUAAGAGGAUGAGGAUUUAUCUGCUUCUGAUGAUGAAGUUAAUCAUCAAAACUAAAUUACCUAGCAAGUUAUCAAUUAAAUAUAAAUGAAACAAAAAGAUUGUCAAAAUUUAAAAGCAGAGAAUCUAAAAACAAAAUUAAUUAAUUUUGGAGAAAGAAUUGCUAAAAGAAUAGAGAAAAGAAAGGAAAGAAUUGUGACUAGAAUAUCAAGACCCAGAUAUAUUAAAAUUAGACCAGAAACUUUAGAAAGAAUUUAAAAAUUUUCAACUUUUUUAGAUAAGAUUGUACAUCUUAAUGAAUAAAUAGUAAACAAAAUGGUUUAUUCUUCUGCCUAAAUCGUUUAAAAAUUAGCUUUAGCUGUAGGAGAAACAAAAACUGGAAAAAGAAUAAAAAGAAAUAAAGUAUAUUGUGAUAUUAAAGAUUCAGUUAAAAAGAGUGUUAAAUCAAUAAUCACAGUUUAUGAGGGGAUGGUUGAGGCAUAAAAUAUUGUUGAAGAAGCCUUAAAAAAAGCUUCAAUCGAUAUUUUAACUGCAAAAUAUGGUUAAUAAGUAGGUUAACUCUCAAAUUAAGCUAUUAAAAUAAACUCUAGCUUAGGUCAAUUAAGUUGA